UGUAGCGGGAGCCUCAUCCUUAAGUCGCCGCUGUGGGGACCAGUCCCGACCCACAUCACCCGGCACCACCCGCUUCCAGAACCUGGUUGCGCCUUCUGCCGCCCGCUGCCAGCUCCCGCGGCCUCGCUGUUCUCACAGGGAACCGAUCGCUGGUCCCGCACCCGAGUCCCAGAUGGCUUCAGUAACUGAUGGUAAAGCUGGAGUCAAAGAUGCUUCUGACCAGAAUUUUGACUACAUGUUCAAACUGCUCAUCAUUGGCAACAGCAGUGUUGGCAAGACCUCCUUUCUCUUCCGCUAUGCGGAUGACACCUUUACCCCAGCCUUUGUCAGCACCGUGGGCAUCGACUUCAAGGUGAAGACAGUUUAUCGCCAUGAAAAGCGAGUGAAGCUGCAGAUAUGGGACACCGCUGGGCAGGAACGGUACCGGACCAUCACCACAGCCUAUUAUCGUGGGGCCAUGGGCUUCAUUCUGAUGUAUGACAUCACCAAUGAGGAGUCCUUCAAUGCUGUCCAAGACUGGGCUACUCAGAUCAAGACCUACUCCUGGGAUAAUGCACAGGUUAUCCUAGUGGGGAACAAGUGUGACAUGGAGGAAGAAAGGGUUGUUCCCACAGAGAAGGGUCGGCAACUCGCAGAGCAACUCGGGUUUGACUUCUUUGAAGCCAGCGCCAAGGAGAACAUCAGUGUGAGGCAGGCUUUUGAGCGCCUGGUGGAUGCCAUUUGCGACAAGAUGUCUGAUUCACUGGACACGGACCCUUCCGUGCUGGGCACUGCUAAGAACACUCGCCUCUCAGACACCCCACCGCUACUGCAGCAGAACUGCUCAUGCUAGGCAAGGCCCAUCCUCCCUCUGUCCUCUCAUUGUGGCCCCACACUCACUGUUUCCCCUGUCACACUUUGUCCACCCCCAGCCCCGAGCAAGCUGAGUUGCUACUGUUCUUUGCCUGCAGCGGAGGCUGAAGCAUGUCCCUAGGGUGCUCUUCAGAUGGCCCCACUCAAGAUACUCAGCACUAGACUAACUAACUGCAGGUCACACUUUGCGUGGAAAUUCACUUUACAAAAGAGGACUCCAAUUUAUGAAAGGGAUUCACUGUAGGGACUUAAAAAGUGAGUCUCUUCUCACCUUUUAAGAUUUCCUCCAUUAACCAAACUUACACACACAUAAACACACGCACACAUGCACACACUUUUUAGACCCUGGUCAACUGUGUAAAGUGAGACCCACACUUUAAUCUUAUUAAAGAAAACCUCCCAAAUAACAUGCUUGUUUCAUAUCAAGCUCCCAGUGGGGCCUCCUCUCACUGCAAGUCAAGCUUUGGCUCUCAGAGCCCUCUGCCUGUUACCACGGAUGCCCGCAGGGCCUGGGCAGUUGCUGUGGUGACAAGCCUAAGCUAAUCUCCAGAGAGCUCAGACUCUCUAAUGAUGCUGAAGGAGCAAAGGCUGAGUCAGAAACACACUUAAAAGAAAAAGAUUAUCCCCUGCAAAAUGUCAAAGGUUCCUGCUAUAUGAAAGAGCAAGCAAGCUCAAGAAAGACAAAGAGAAAGAAAAGAAAUACAAGCAUGAAGAAGCAGAUCAUGAAUUUCUGAUUUUGCUGCUUUCCACUUGGCUCCAACUAUGGGAACACCAUAGUUCCCAUACUGGUCAUUGGUUCUUAGACUCCCAGAAUCUGAAAGUUUUAGAAUUAGUGGGGUCCCAAAAUUUAUCUUGUCUGACCGGUCAAUUCCAAUCUUCAUAUCCUGGACAGGUGGCUGUCAGACCUCACAACCAAAUCUCUUUGUUCUAAAGCAUACAUUCUAGGCAGGGACCAGAGCUCAUUGUCCACAGCAUCUUCAGGCAGCUCUUAUAAUCAGAAAGUUUUCAUUACUAUAAGCUGAAAUCUGCCUCCUGGAAAUUGUUUCUGUUUCCACCCCAUUUGUAUAGCUCUGCUGUCAGAGACCUCACGUCUCUGCUUUCUCUGCACUGUGACACCUUAGAUGAUUUGAGAACAGAAAUCAUGACUCCGGGGAUCUGCCCUUUUCCAAAGUCAAAUAGUUAUAAUUCCAUCUGCCAUUCUUCACUGCGUGUGCUCCUAAACCCACCCUUUCCUUCAACCCAUCUUUCAAUCAUUACUGAAUAAUUCAACUCAUUAAUGUGAUUCAAAGCAGAAUAAAUCUAAGGAGGGAAAACUGAACUCAGAGAUCCCAAACCUAACCUCAUUCUCUUGGGAGUGAAAUCUUAAUUUCUACGAAGACCAUAUGUGAAAUCACUCCUGGCAUAGAGCCAUUUUUCAAACAUGAACCAAAAAACAAAAACAAAAAAUACCCCUCUGACACCAGAAGUAAACUGAAUGGAGUAAAUCAUGAUUCUAGCUUAUAUGGACAUGGGCAUACAUAUGGUUUUUAGCUGAAACAAUGACAUGAGAUCGGUGAUGACUCCUGAAAAUCAUUCCACCCGGCCCUGGCCUGAAUCCCACCUUCUCCCUGCACUGUCUUGUCAUCUUUAAAGUUGGGGAGGAGGGGACAGAAGAAGAGUUUAACCAAGUUUUCUCUCCUGAAUUCAAAAGCAUCUCAUUUUCCUAGGAAAUUACAUUAACUAGCAGUAGGUCCAACAACUACAUAAAAGGGCCCUUUGGAGAGAUUGUGGUCUUUGAUGCAGUACAGAGGAUAGAGUUUGGGCUUGGAAUCAGACCUGGACUAUACUCUUAAACUAAUGUGACUCUGGACCAAUUACUGCUCAUCUCUGAGUCUUGAUUUCCUACUGACAAAAUGAGGGGUAUUAUUUGGAUAAUCUUGAAGUUUCCUUUUGGCAUUACUAACUCUUCUGGCUUUUUUUUUUUCCACCUGCACAUUUCAUUUGUAGUUAUCUGCAAAAUAAACCCAAGAGAUGAGGAUCAUCACCCCAAUAUUAUUGUAGCUAAUACUGAUGUCAUAUUUACUCUGUUCUAGGCAUUAUUGCAACCAUUUCAUGUGUAUUAACUAAUUUUUCCUCCUAUUGUCUUUAGAUAGGAGAUCCUAUAAUCAACAUCAUUCAAAGAUGAGGAAACUAAGGUGCUGUGAGAUUCAUUAGCUUUCCCAAAGUUACUUAGUGAGUAAAUGGUAGAUCUGGGGUUCAAAUCCAGGCAGUAGGCUCUAAGGUCUGUACUGUAAACCACAUUCUAUGCUACAUCUCUAAUAGAUGAUUCAAAGAGGGUAAGAGACUUGGUCAAGAUCACACUACCAGGAAUCAGGUGUCAAAUUCAUUGGAAAAAAAAAGACUUAUGUCUCUAAUCUGUUAACAAAUUGUUCAGCUAUUUAGACUAUAAUGAGGUGAUGGAGGUUUAACAGUUCUGGAAAGGAGAGUCAGUCUCUGAGGCAACCAAGUCUCAAGGGCUUGAGUAACAUAACUCAGUGCUUUUUAGGCCCAAAUAUUGACUGUGCCUGUAUCUGCCUCUGUCAGGCAUUUCUUACCUAGCUCUCAAGUAAUACUUUGAAGGGCCUCUCCACUCUAGCAGUGGGGCAUUUGGCAGGAGUGACUUGAUUUCUCCGAUCAUAGAAGAAUAUGAUCCCUUCAAAGUGUAGUGAUUCUGGGUAUGAUUUUUACACUGUAACCUCUUCUAAAGGUCAGGAAAAAUUUCUAUUUUUCUGAGUGGUGACACCCAUUUGCCCUAUUACUAGUGAUUCAAGUUAUUUAUGGCUCCUGGAUAUUUUAGUAUCUUAUAAUCUUUUUUCUCCCCUUGAAUAUCCAGGUAAGGACUGAAGUGUUUAUUUUAAAAGCUGUCAAAUUCUUUGAAACUCAGGAGCCAGUUUCAGGGAGAAAGCUUCUUCACAACAGAUGGAAUUGAGUUAAGUGUAAUAGUGACAAACUCUUCUGCUGGGCAGCAAACAGACCUGUUUGUUAGAUGGCAAUUUCCCAGCCCUGCUCUGUGACCUGGUUUCUGCCGAGUGGAAGGCAACAAGCCUCCAGCUGACUGAAGUGCAAUGUUCAUCAAUCACAGUAAUAGUGCAAUUAGCCACCAAGGUUGAAGCUGCAUAGUAUGUGUUAGUGGCAACUUAGCCUGAUUUUUGUCUUGUUUGAUAAUCCAAAUAAAAGAAGAUUAAAAAAAAAAAAAGACCUCUGAAGAGGCAAAUGUAGGCCAAAAGUGCAAUACAGUAUUGUAGUUAUUUACAGAAUCUGUUUGAAAUGCAUGUGUAUCUGUAAAUACAAAGUAAUUUGUGACU